AUGUCUUCACGAUCUGAACAGGAUUUCUGCUGUCCUGUAUGCCAUGAUAUCUUUAGAGAUCCUGUUGUCCUGACAUGCAGCCACAGCUUCUGUAAAGACUGUCUGCAGAACUGGUGGACAGAGAGACCAGCACAGGAGUGUCCAGUUUGUAAGAAAAUUUCAUUGAAGAACGAUCCACCUAGAAACUUGGAUUUAAAGAACCUGUGUGAGGCCAUCUUACUGGAGAGAGAACAGAGAGCUGAGGAGACUAUAUGCAAUCUGCACUCUGAGAAACUCAAACUCUUCUGUCUGGAUCACUGCCAGCCGGUGUGCGUCAUCUGUCGGGAUUCAAAAACACAUGCUGAUGACAAAGUCAUACCCAUCAAUGAAGCUGCACAGGAUCACAAAGAGGAGCUGCAGAAAACUCUGAAGACCUUACAGGAGAAACUGAAGCUGUAUGAACAAGUUAAAGGAAACUGUGACCAAACAGCAGAGCACAUUAAGGUCCAGGCCCGACACACAGAGGCGCAGAUUAAGGAGCAGUUUAAGAAGCUUCACCAGUUUCUACAAGAGGAAGAGGAGGCCAGGAUCUCUACUCUGAGGGAUGAAGAGAGGCAGAAGAGUCGGAUGAUGAAGGAGAAGAUUGAGGCUCUGUGCAGAGAGAUAGCAGCUCUUUCAGACACAAUCAGAGCCACAGAGGAGGAGCUGAGAGCUGAAGACAUCUCAUUCCUGCAGAACUACAAGGCUGCAGUGGACAGAGUCCAGCAGCGCCCCCUGAUGGAUGAUCCACAGCUGCCCUCAGGAGCUCUGAUAGAAAAGGCCAAACAUCUGGGCAACCUGACCUUCAACAUCUGGAACAAGAUGAAGAAAAUGGUCUCCUACACUCCUGUGAUUCUGGAUCCAAACACUGCUCAUCCAAAUCUCAUCCUGACUGAAGAUCUGACCAGUGUGAGAUAUGGAGAGAAACAGAAGCUUCCUGAUAAUCCAGAUAGGUUUGAUUAUUACUACUCUGUCCUGGGCUCUGAGGGCUUUAACUCAGGGACUCACAGCUGGGAUGUUGAGGUUGGAGACAGUCCGAUCUGGGUUGUGGGUGUAGCAGCAGAAUCUGUGCAAAGACAGACAGACACAGCUUUACAAUCUGGAUUAUGGAGAAUGCUGUUUUGUAACAAUGAAUACUCAGCGUGCUCACUACCAGGUGCUAACACUGUUCUUUCAGUGAAGAAGAAGCUCCAGAAGAUCAGAGUUAAACUGAACUGGGAAAGAGGACAACUGUCUUUCUCUGAUGCUGAUACUGAAACACACAUACACACCUUCACACACACUUUCACUGAGAAGCUGUUUCCAUACUUUAACACUAACCAAAAGUUGCCACUGAAGAUAUUACCAGUGAAUGACUCUGCAGAAAGCAAAGUGCCUCCUCCACUGAAACUCCAUUGUCUCCUCACCCUCCAAUGCUCCACCCUCACUGUCUCUGGACUCCUUCCUUCCACUGUCCCACCAUCCCAGACCCAAACCCUUUUCAGAACCACCAGUCCCUCACAGAAACUGAAGCUGUUUGAACAAGUUAAAGGAAACUGUGACCAAACGGCAGAGCACAUUAAGGUCCAGGCCCGACACACAGAGAGGCUGAUUAAGGAGCAGUUUAAGAAGCUUCACCAGUUUCUACAAGAGGAAGAGGAGGUCAGGAUCUUUGCUCUGAAGGAUGAAGAGUGGCGGAAGAGUCGGAUGAUGAAGGAGAAGAUUGAAGCUCUGAGCAGAGAGAUAGCAGCUCUUUCAGACACAGUCAGAGCCACAGAGGAGGAGCUGAGAGCUGAAGACAUCUCAUUCCUGCAGAACUACAAGACUGCAGUGGAAAGAGUCCAGCAGCGCCCCCUGAUGGAUGAUCCACAGCUGAACUCAGGAGCUCUGAUAGAUGAGGCCAAACAUCUGGGCAACCUGACCUUCAACAUCUGGAACAAGAUGAAAGACAUGGUCUCCUACACUCCUCUGAUUCUGGAUCUAAACACUGCUUAUCCAGAACUCAUCCUGUCUGAAGAUCUGACCAGUGUGAGAUGUGGAGUGAGACAGAAGCUUCCUGAAAAUCCAGAGAGGUUUGAUUACUACUCUGUCCUGGGCUCUGAGGGCUUUAACUCAGGGACUCUGGGAAGUUGA